AUGAGCUCCGCCGCCUCAAAGAUCCUCUCGACAUUGCGUGGACCCGUCUUGUACAAUGCCAAGGUCGCAGGCCAGGUCGCCAAACAAGUCUACAUCCGUGAAGGCAUGGCUCCUCCCUCGGUCGCACAAAUCGAGACCGCCAGGGACGCUGCCUUGAAGUUCAUCUGGGACGCACGCCAGGCAAAGACCUGGAGAAACAUCUCAAAGACACAGUUCCUCAAUGCCGGUCUCGUCGCUGCCGAAGCCUACGCCUUCUUCAUGGUCGGUGAGAUUAUCGGACGCAGGAGUCUUGUCGGAUACAAUGUCAAGAGCGCAGAUAGCAACGAUCACCACCACUAA